AUGAUCAACCUCCUCGCCAACCCCGGGUUCGAGGACGGCGUCGGCGGCGGCUGGGCGGCUGGCUGCGCGGCGGCCGGCUGCAUCCGGCCGGCGCCGAGCACCGUGGCGCGCAGCGGCAGGGCGUCGGCGCUGCUGCGUGCAUCGCCCAACCGCUGGGAGCUGUCCUGGCUCCGGCAGCGCGUGCCGCUCGCCCAGCCGUGCAGGCUUCGCUUCAGCGCCUUCGUGCGCGCCGCCGACGGCACCGACGGCCUCCCGGCGGCCGAGCUGCAGCUCGCCGUACGCUCCGCCGCCGCCGACGCGCCGUUGUGCCGCCUCGAGCGGCGGUGGCCCGCACGCGCGUGGGAGCAGCUCGUUCUCGACUGCCCGCUGCCGAGCGCCGCCACCGAUGCGGAGGCGUCGAUCGAGCUGGUCUCGGUGCGGUCCGACGCGGCGGCGCUCGUGGACGAGGCGCGGCUGUGGUGCGCUAGCGAGGGCGAGGAGGAGGCGGGCGGGAAAGACGGUGGCGCGGGCGCGGCCUCGUCCGCAGCGGCCGUGCCGAGGCUGCUGCACUUCAUCUUUGGCCUCUCCGCCGACUUUGGCGGCAAGCCCUUUGGGCUCGUCCACCACCUCGUCAUCGCCGCCGCGCAGCACGCCGCGGCGCCCGUCGCAACCUACUUUUACUACGCGCAUGAGCCGAGCGGCGAGUGGUGGGAGGCGGCCAAGCCCUCCCUCGCGCUGCGCAAGGUCGUGGCGCCGACGAGCGUCUUUGGGCGCCCCGUCCGCAAGUUUGCGCACCAGGCCGACGUGCUGCUCUCCUUCGGCGGCAUCUACCUCGACCUCGACGGGGUCGGCGGCUCCAUCGGCGUCGGCAACGCCCUCAUGCUCACGCCGCGCAACCACUCCUUCUUCCGCGAGUGGUACGAGGCGUACCGCGCCUUUUCGGACGCGGUCUGGAACGGCUUCUCCGUCCGGCUGCCGUCGCGGCUCGCGGCGGCGGCGCCCUCCUCAGCGCCCUCCUCGGUGCGGGUGCUCGCGUACGGCGCCUUUUACUGGCCGCCGUGGAACCCGUGGGGGGUGGCUCAGCUCUACCGGAGCGAGCGGUGCUUGCUGCGCGGAGGGUACGCCGUACACUUGUGGGAGACCAAGCUGCUGCUCACUCCGGCCGACGGCGCCGUGGCGUCGGCUGCGGGCGGCGGGCAGCCUUGCGGCGACGACGCGGGCGAGGCGUGCGCGGGGUGGGCAGGCGCUGGCGAAUGCAGCCGCAACCCGGGCUUCAUGGAGCGCUCUUGCCGCCGCUCGUGCGGUCUGUGCGGUGGCGGGUCCGCCGCCGGCGGAAAUACAACGGUGAACUCAUGGUGA